AUGUCGGUCAAACUUAAGACCGCCGCGGAUGCACGCGCUAYGCGUACAGUCUUUCCGCCAGAGUUCAAGCAGAAAGUGAACAUGGACAAGGUCAAGCUGCCGCUCAUCAAAGUCUGGGUGCAGAACGAGGUCGCACGAAUCCUCGGCAGCGAUGACGACGUGGUCAUUGGCAUGAUCAUGGGCAUGCUCGAGGAUAAGUCUCCCAACAUCAAGCAACUACAGACCGAUGUCUCCGGCUUCUUGGACAAGGACGCGGCGCCAUUCUGUCUCUCGCUGUGGAAAUUGUGCUUGAGUGCUCAGGAAGACCCGAAUGGCGUUCCGAGAGAGCUGCUGGACGCGAAGACAGAGGAGCUCAAGCAGGAGAGGCUGGCUGAGGAGACAGCUCGACGUGAAGCCCUUCUCCGCCAAGAUGAAGACCGUGAGCGCGAUCGCGAAAUGGACCGCAUCAGAGAGCGAGAGCGGGGUCAGAGAGGACGCGGUGGUGGCAUAGGAUAUCGUGGCCGUGAUCGCGACCGCGACCGCUAUCGCGAUGACCGUGAUCGCGAUUAUGACCGCUCGUACGACCGCCGUCCACCUGUACCAAGAUACUCCAGAUCUCCACCACCACCAAGAAGACGCGACGGACCCAGACGUACCGACAGCUAUAUGCCGUCGAACAGAGGCCGCCACGAUGACGAGCCGAGACGCCACCGUCGCUCUCCAUCUUACGGUCGAUCGCUAGCGAGAUCUCGGUCUCCUCCAAGAAGGCUUCAACGCCGCAACACCAGCUCAGACCUCUCUCGUUCGUCGCCGCCGCGCAGAAACAGAGUUGGGAGCGAUGAUAUCGACAGACCCUCCCGUCAAGAUGAUCGCCAAACACUACGCUCACAAUCACCUAGGAUGUAUCGCCAGAGGUCGCCAGACUACAACAACGCGCGUCGCCGAUCACCACCACGCUCGCGUUCGCCAGCCCGUAGGGACCGGCGAGGUUCGACACGCACGCGCUCACCGCCGCACGAAGGCAGAAGGGCAUCCGUUUCGCAUGAUCUCAUCUAUCGCACCGACCGCACGUCAAACUCGCACCGUUUGCAAGCUCCAAGCCAGGACAGCUCUCCGUACGGUGACAGUCGACACGCCUCGGAUGCGAAGUCGACCGAUGGUGGUGCUGCUGUCAACGAGAAAUUCAUCAAGGAGAGAAACAAGGGAGUACCAGUAGCACUUGCAAGAUUCCGCGAGGGUCUCGCUGCGACGAGGAUGGAGCGCGCAGUACAGGAGCGUCAAGAUGCGGAGAGGAUGGAGCGCGCGCGGCGAGUCCAGCUGGAUCGUCAGCGCCGCAACAUGUACGAGCAGAGGUAA